CAUAAAAUAAGUAUACAAACAAUUAUUCUCUGUUGUUGACAAAAGUAAGGCAGAGUGAGGGGUCCGCAAAGUUCAGUAGUACGUUAAAUAAAAUGGCAACAGAUUCUAUGAAAGCUCCAUCUACUAGUCCAGCAUUGGGAAGUAACAAAAUAAAUGCACCUGGGAUUAGUGUUAAACACUUGUCUUUUGAAAAAUCAAAUUCAAUAACAACAGCUGCUCUCCUUAAGGCUUACAAAGAAAUUGUUAACGAUCCAAAAACCUUGGAUGAGGCAGCCAAUUAUUUGUAUCAAUCAUUGGUUGACGAUGCAGUGGUAGGAGUAUUUCUAGAAGUGCACCAUCUCCGAAAAAAUGGUAAUAUGACAGCUAUGGAAGGUGUACCAGAGGACGAUGCAACCAAUUCUCAUCGCAUUGUGGAGUUACCGAAUUUCGACAUUUUUGGCCCUUCGAAUACCAAGAAAGCGGAUGAUUGCAUAUGUCCCAACUGUGAUAAGCCGGUCUCCUGUACUCGUUUUGCAUCGCAUUUGGAAAACUGUAUGGGCAUGGGACGUUUAUCGUUGCGUAUAGCAAGUAGGCGUUUAGCUACAAGGGAAGCGACCAGUGCCAGCUCUUCAUCUUCUUCCUCAUAUCUUCAGUCAGCAAAUGUUUUAAUCAGUGAUGAUGACGAUGCUGAAAUCGAUCGGUCAGAAAAGCGCCGCAAGAAGUCACGCAAUAACGGUAACAAAAAAAAUGGAAAAUCAUUUUAAGCUGGAUAAAGAAAGUGGUUUCAACUAGCAGUUUCGCUUUUCAUCUGCAAAAGAAGGAAUACAUAAAAAAUGAAGAAGUAUAUCAAAUUAUAUUUUUCUUAGUUCCU